AGGAAGAGGCAUCAAAAGAACUAAGAACUUAUUUUUGUUUUAAACAAAGGAGGCUUUUUUUUUUCAUGAAAGCAACUGAAAAAGCUGAUCCAGAAAGCGAAAGCUUCUCAGUGCUAGCUGCACAGUGCACAGUUAACAGAUCAAGAAAGUCAACUAAUGAUACACAAAACCAGCAUUCCAGCAGUGAGGAGUCCCCUGAGGGAGGGAAUUGCAACUGAGAAUUCAACUAGAUGUCAAAGAGGAAGCUGCUUCUUUUGGUGGACGUGGAUCUUAUUUAACACUGGAUUUGUGUGCAUCGCUCUUCAGAUAAUCACCUGGAAAUCUGUUGUGCCUUCCCUUCAAAACAAGCAAGUGCUGCUAUACAAAGCAUUUCUUCUUCUCUCUUUGGCUUACAGUACAGGGUUUUGUUAAAAAGGAGAGUCUUUUUUUCCUAUGCACGGGAGGCUGCCACAUUCCACUCCCAGGAAAAUUAAGAAGAUCCUGUCAACUCAUCCUAGAUAACCAGUUCAGUUCACACAGAAGACCCGGUCCAUUUGGCAUAAGCCCUGGUUUUGUCUGAGGGAGCAAGUGCCCGAACAAGAGGCAUAUAUAUAAAUAUAUAUAUAUAUACACAUUUUUUUCUGGUUACUAUCUGAGGAUUAAUGAUGUAAAUGUGAUCCAGGGAGACAGAAGGAAGCAAACUCACUGAGCCAUGUAAGUGAACUGAAUUGCUGCAUUUACGUUUAUACAGUAUGUGGCUGGAUUUCAGCCCAUUACAAAUGGGAACGGUCCUUUUCCACACCAAAGACUGACACUUUUACUCUGUUCUGAUACACCUACAGGGGAAGACAAUUUAAGCAAGAACAUGUAUAGUGAAUUGUUAAAUUCAACCAGUGCCACUGAAGCUCACCUAAUCAUUCAGACCAACACACCCUACCUGAACAGCACACAGAGACCAGUAAGCUCCUCCGCGUUUUAUAUGUCAACAGCCAGGGUGUUAAAAGAAGGGGAAAUAAAUAAGCCAGAUCUGGUGACUUACGUUGUUCUGUUUUUCUUCCUGCUUUUGACUGUGAUAAUAAUUGUGCUCUUUAUUAACUGUCAGUUGAAAAAUUCUUUUUUUGCUACUCUACCUUAUGACAGAUCACUCCGAGAAACCAGGAGUACAUGGAGGACACAAGCUGUCUAAAGCCAGAAAGUGGAAGCCUUGUUUAAUACAGUUUUGCUUUGAUAUAUAGCAGUAGCAUGAGCCAGAAAACUUGUGCAAUAAAAUGUUAUUUCCUUGCACUGUUAGG